AUGGACAUUUCCGGCAAGCGCAAUCCCGAGAUGGACAAGGAGGCUCAGGAGUGGGUGGAGUCCAUCAUUGGUGAGAAGUUCCCCGCCGGCCAGGCCUACGAGGAUGUGCUCAAGGACGGCCAGGUGCUGUGCAAGCUGAUCAACAUCCUGUCCCCCAAUGCCGUGCCCAAGGUCAACUCCUCGGGCGGCCAGUUCAAGUUCAUGGAGAACAUCAACAACUUCCAGAAGGCUCUCAAGGAGUACGGUGUGCCCGACAUCGAUGUCUUCCAGACAGUUGAUCUCUACGAGAAGAAGGACAUUGCCAAUGUCACCAACACCAUCUUCGCCCUGGGCCGUGCUACCUACAAGCACGACGACUUCAAGGGUCCCUUCCUGGGCCCCAAGCCCGCCGAUGAGUGCAAGCGCGACUUCACCGACGAGCAGCUGAAGGCCGGCCAGACCAUUGUCGGUCUCCAGGCUGGCUCCAACAAGGGUGCCACCCAGGCCGGCCAGAACCUUGGCGCUGGCCGCAAAAUUCUGCUCGGCAAGUAAACGGUUAUUUAGUGCGGACGGACGAUGGAUGAUGGACGUACGAUAGAUGCCCCCAUCUGUCUUUGGUUUUUCUACACGAUAUAUCCAUAUGUAUGCUAGUUUUAUAUAAACACUCACCACAAAAACACA